AUGAAGUUCACUGGAUUUACUUCUUCCCUCGCCCUCGCUGGCAUCGCUUGCUCCGCCGCCCUCCCCGCCCUCUCGGGUGUCGAUGACGUCGACAGUGCUGUCAAUGGAGUUGAGGGAACCCUAACCAACGGUGUUGUGGGACCUGUUCUGUCUACUGCUGGUGGUCUGGCCGGCGCCAUCAAGCGCGAGGAUCUUGCCGCUCUUGGCUCGACUGUUCAGACUGUUCCCAGCAUUGCCAACGGCGCUGUUGCCAUUGCUGGCAGUGGGGCUGGUACCGCCGAGAGCCUGGUUUCAGGCGCUGCGGGCUCCGUUGAGGGUGCUGUCGCCCCGCGGGGUGACCUUGCUGGUCUCGGUUCCACCGUGCAGGCUGUCCCAGGUGUCGCCAAUGGCGCGAUGAAGAUUGCUGCCGGCGCCGUUGGUACUUCAGAGAAGGUUGCCUCCAACGCCGUAUACACCGCGGAAGGUCUUGCUGCCAAGGCUGGCAGUCAUGGCAAGCGUCAACUCGAGACACUCGCAGGUCCGGUGGUUGGCUCCACUGCCGCUGUCGUUGGAAGUGCCGUCCCCGCCGUCGUUCAUCAAGUUGAAUCCACUGUCAGUGGUGCUACCAAGCGUCAGGCUCGCGGUCCCGCUGAUGCCGUUGAGCAAUCUGUCACCGGUACCCUCGCUGCUCUGUCUUCGAACCCUAACGGCCUCUUUGGUGCUCUGACCGACCUCAAGCACGCUGCCGAUCUCGGUGAGAUCACCUCAAGCCAACUUGCUGAGGUCCCUUUUCUUCAUCAGGUUAUCAUCCUCCUCGACCUCUGA